AACCUCAACAACUCACUCAACCAACGUGACAGAGAAAUGGUUGCACCUGCGAGGCCACAGUUCGUUCUCUUCGGAUCCUCCAUCGUUCAGCUUAGUUUCAGCCAUGGCGGUUGGGGUUCCCAUCUUUCUGACAUCUACUCUCGUAAGGCAGACAUAUUGUUGCGAGGAUACUAUGGAUGGAACUCACGACGUGCCCUCCAAAUCCUUUAUCAAGUUUUUCCAAAGGAUGCUGCAACACAGCCUUCUCUUGUGAUUGUUUAUUUUGGAGGUAAUGAUUCCAUGGGUCCUCAUUUUUCUGGCCUAGGCCCUCAUGUGCCUCUUCAUGAAUAUAUUGAAAACAUGAGAAAGAUUCUGAUUCAUAUUCAGGGUCUCUCUGAAAAGACACGUAUCAUUGUUCUCAGUUGUCCUCCAGUCAAUGAGGAAAAAGUGCGUGCAAACACUAGUGGAAUUUUUAGUGAGCUGGUAAGAACAAAUGAAUUGUGCCAAAGCUACUCAGAAGCUUGUAUUAAGCUAUGCAAGGAACUGGAUGUCAAAGUUGUUGAUCUUUUUAAUGCACUACAGAAGAGGGAUGACUGGAUGAAUGUUUGUUUCACUGAUGGUAUCCAUUUGGCAGCCGAGGGAAGCAAAAUUGUGGUGAAGGAGAUACUGAGAGUGCUUAAGGAGGCUGACUGGGAGCCAUGCCUCCAUUGGAAAUCCUUGCCCACUGAAUUUGCAGAAGACUCACCAUAUGAUCUUGUUGCUGCUGAUGGGAAAACUACACUGAAUCCUUCCGAGUGGACUUUUUACAGAGAGAUUCAGUGGGAUUAGGUUGUUAGGUUAUCAACUUUAAUCAUAAUCAUUUGCUUUGGCCUCCAUUCAGGAGCCAACCUGUCUGCCAGAUCCCACAGGAUUUAGCAGUUUCGUAUAUUAUUUACGUUUUUUCUUAGACAUGAUGAUUGGUUAUUUGGUGAUAGCAUUGCCCUAUAUUUUAGAUAGUCUGUCACUCAUCAAGUUGGUUAUUUUAUGAUUCAACUGAAAAUUAGCUGAAUAUAAUAGAUCCAUUCUUCCAAAAGCUAUCUGCAAGUUUCAUUGGUUUGGUAGAAUGGUAUCCAACUCCUAAGUCCUAAGAUGAUUUGUUUGGGUUUCAAACUAGGGAAUUUUUCAUCAUUAUGGAAUGUAUAAUGAAUAUUGAGACAUACUUCCUUAUUUCAAAACUUAACCUUAAUGAUAAAGAUGAGAUUCAAACUCAAA